AUGAUUUCAUUGGAGUGGUCUACCCAGACUGAAGCAAUAGGCAUCGAAGGUGAAGGUCGUCUUCGUGGUCACGUGUGGGACUCUCCGACGGGCGUGGAGGACGAAGCGGCACCGCCCAUGACCGCUCACACCGCAUACGCGAUUUACAUUUCAGCCAAAGAAAGUUCUGAUGAGUUUGAUCUCACACCAGCAAUCAUGGAUCAAGAUGACGACUGGAUGUAUUUACCUUUAGAAAACUACAAAAAUAAUUUAAAUGAAAAUGAUUACGUAAUUUCAACAAAAACUCAGGCAGACACAGCAAAUCGCGAAACAGAAGAUAUAUACAUAGUGCAGAAAUUAUAA